AUGGUAAGCAAGAACUAAAAGUUGAACAAAACCCAAAUUUGGCACAAUGAUAACUUAUGCCAUGGCCCGUAAAUGCACAAAAAAGUAAAGUUUUAUGACACGCCAAUCAAACGUUACGUUUAAAUUUGGUGCCAAGUGGCAUAGCGUUCUAAACCAAGCUCCAAUUUGACCUAAUAAAAUUUUACGCUAAUUUAAAACCUUGAACAUAUAUAAAUGUUGUUCUUUGUCAAGUACAAGCCAAGUACAACAAGGAACAACGAAAAGUGACAUUAAAUGGCAUCAAUUACGACUUUCCGUUCAAUUUCACAGCCCCAAACAAAGUUUUAAUUAAUUAAAGUAGAGCGAACACAUAAUACCUAAAAAAGUAAACAUUAUUGCAAUUUUACUAAACUGAAAAACAUAAAUUUAAAGCAACUUAUUUUACAAUAUAAUUUUUCAACCAUUCAAGCCUUUAGCAUAUUAUUGGGUCCUGUAACGAAAACAUGCAAGAGCAAAACAACCUUUUGGCCUUCUGUUAAAAGUGUAGUUGCAAAAUACGUGUAAAAACAUUAAAAAGCGAUUGUAAAUCGAUUUUGGUUUAAAAAAAAUAAUUUUUAAUAAUAUAUUUUACUAUAUUUUUUUAUAAUAUUUACGUUUCUUCAUAAUUUUUAGUUUUUGAACUUUUUAUAUCUUUCAUCAAUUUUAGGUAACAACAUGAAGUCUAGACCUAAACAUGGUUAAUAUUAUGUUCAAUCAAACCUGCUUGACGUGAAAAACACGAUGUUCACCUUUUGCAGGUUUUCUCGACCGAUUUUGUCAAAAUAGUCGGCAUCUGAAUAAAAUUUUGGAAAAGUUGAAAAUUUUGUGAAAUUUGUCAUUUUCUCAGCAAAAUUAUGCAAAUUUGGACCUCUGAAAGUGCGUGGUAUAAAAGGGGUGGAUAAAAUGGAUUUGGUUCACUCUGUUUUUGGAGUUUAUCUGUGUUUUGGUUCACGCUGCUUUCACUCGAUCUGACUCGUCUACUUCUGGGGGCACAAGUCUAAUGUAAGUAUUUAUUUUGUUUUUUUCUGUGUUUAGGUUGGUUUUGGCAUGUAGAUUGGUUGGGUUUUGUUAUUCUUGAGGAAUUUUGUGGAUUUGAAAUGGAAACUUUAAGGUUUUGUAACAGAAACAUUAUUUUAGGUAGUGUAAGAUAAUCUUUUUAUGAGAUAUCAACGUUAAAUGGCAGAAAACGUUUGGAACUUUGAGUAUCUUAUUUGCAUAGUAUUCAGGUGGUUUUAGCAAAAUUGUGUAUAAGAUUAGGUAAUAUUGACAAAAUUAUGACCUAAAAUAUGAUUUUGGAUAGUCUGCUUUACUGAUUUGAAAUAUUAUGAUUCGUUUUGGUAGUUUUUGAUUUUACGAUCUAUUUUUUAUGGUUAUGUAUAUAAUUACUUUAGUUCUUGCAAGUUUUUGAGGUGUUUUAGCGUUUAGGAAAUAAGUUAUAACGAUAAACUACUAUAACGUUAACUCUUUUUGAACAAAAGCUGGGUUUUCAUUGUAAUUUUGCUAUUUUUUGGCUUUUUAAAUGAUUAUUACGUUAACUUCUUAAUUUCUUAAUGUUUACCAUGCCAAAUCCCUCAUUUCCAGUAUGGAAGACUCAGUAAUAUUGCCAACGAUUCACGAGCCCACGCUUGCUUUUGUUGAGAACUCGUCAGACGGACUUACUUCAUCAUCGGCGCCUGAUCUGCCCGACUCUGACCCUGUGAUCUCGGAGUUGUCGUCUUCACGCCCGCCAACUGACCGCGGCUCCGUUGGCCAGCCUGAUAUGGACUCGUUGUCUUCGUCGUCCCACCCAAAGCAGGCGGGUGAUGUGUUGUUGUUGCGCGACAACGAACAAGACCCUUUCUCGGACGUCGAGUCGGUGGUUAGCGAAACUGAGGACGAAAUCGAGGCGACUAAGGUGGGUUUUUUGAGAAAAUUUUUAAAAAAUGGAAAUUAAUUUUUUAAUUUCAAGCUUACUUUUAUUCAUUUCAGGCCAAACUGUCAAUGCUUAAAAUCGGCCAAACCGUGGCCGAUGAUUCUCAACAAUACACUCAAGUGGUAGUCUCUCGUCCAGCCGUCGGCGUACGCGGCCGUUCUAUUCUAUUACGUGCCAACUUUUUCGAGAUUCAGAUUUCACAGAACGGUCUCCCCAUCCACCAAUACCACGCCGAAAUUCAUCAUCCCGGCAUGAGAACGCUUGACCGGUAAGUGGGGGUUUUUGAGGGUAAUGUCGACUGGUCGAUAGUUUUUUGGGCGGAAAAUUGAUUUUUAGUGUCUUUGGAUUUUUGAAAAUGGUUUUUGAAAUUUUUUGAAAAAUUUAUUUUUUUUUGGAAAUCGACCGGUCGAUAUUUGUUUGUGCGGUAAUUUGAUUUUUUAAGAAUAUUUGGAUUUUGAAAAACUAAAUGUUGAUUUUUUCGACUGGUCGAUUUUUAAAAAGUUUUAAAAUUUUUGAAAAUUUUGAUUUUUAGUGACGAAUCUCGUCUGAUCUUUUGGAAAAUUGUCGAGGAAAGUCAGCACAUUUUCCGUCAACGCUUUGCUGUGGCCUACGAUGGUGGCCAUCAGAUGUACACUACUGAGCGUCUGCCAUUUGGUGAGACUAUCACUCUCGAAGCUCAUUUAUGCUUGGCUCGUGAUUCAUCUCGUGGUACUCAAUGUGGUGUCACUCUCCGUUAUACUGGCUCAAUCUUGUUGGAGGACAUGAGCAAGGUUCAGCGUUCUCACGCUGAUGGCACGGUAGCGCCGCUACAGGUCUUGGAUAUUGUGGUUCGUCAGGCAUUGACUUGCCCUCUUUAUAGGUAGGUUUUGGGGGUGAAGUGAUGUUGUUUUUGUAUUUUUUAUGAUAAUAGAUGAUAAUUUUGUGUUAUGUUACAGCAAGUCGAAGCAAUUUUAUUCGUGGAAGAAUUCUUGCUACCGCCUUCCAGUCAACGGACAGCCGGCUCUCAACCUGGACGGAGGCAAGGAAAUGUGGACUGGCUUCUUCACUUCGGCUACGUUGGGCUCAGCAUGGAGACCACUUCUGAAUGUGGAUGUGGCUCACGCCGCCUUUUACAAGCCCCGCAUGACUUGCAUCGAGUUUUUGUGCGAAAUCCUCAACGAACGUUCGCACGGUUCGUACGACCGUGCCCCACGUCAAGGCGGUUACAACGGUGGCAGAGGUGGUGGAGGACGUCAUGAGGGUAUCAGUGGAUUGUCGGUGGGUUUUGAUUUUUUGUUUGGAGAUUUGAAAAAGUUUUUGAAAAUUGACCGGUUGAUUUUUUGAAAAUUUUUUGUUUGACUUUUUUUAUUUUGCAAUGUGUACCUACUGCUGAUUACCUAAAAAUGCGAAAAAUAAGCGUAUCUUUUUAUCUCAUUGAUUACAUAGAUAAAUUACCUUGUUUUAGGCCGAUCGCCUCCACUUGGACGCCUGCCUCUCCACCAACGAACUCCGCGUCUUUGCUGAAGCCAUGCGCAGCCUCCGCGUCCGUGCCAAUUACCAAAAAGGCUCUGAUCGUGUGUACCGUGUGAAUGGAGUUCGAGGACCGGCCAAUGUAAUGUCAUUCCCAACUCGUGACGAGGCUGGCAACGAGAUCCUGGUCACUGUAGCCGACUACUUUGCCGCUCGCUAUCGACCACUUCAGUUCCCAUCACUGCCAUGCCUCCACGUCGGACCACCAAUUCGUAACAUUUUGUUGCCAUUGGAGGUCUGCGUUCUGGAUGCUCCACAAAAGUACACUCGAAAGUUGAGUGAUCGUCAAACUUCGACCAUUAUCCGGGUGAGUUUUUCAAAGAGACAGAGCUACAUUUUGGGUCGAUUUUUAGAUUUUUUAUUACUGUAUUCUGAUUUGAGAGAGUUCAAGAAUUAAACUAAACAAAAGUCUUUUAGGCUUCUGCCGUUGACGCCCAACAACGCGAGAACAACAUUGAGAACCUGUGUGAGAUGGCCGGCUUCCGUGACGAUCCCUUCCUCAAGUCAUUUGGCCUCAAAAUUGACACCAAAAUGCUCGAAACUGUCGGUCGUGUUCUCCCACCACCCCAAAUUCUCUACGGCAAUCAACGCCAAGAUGUGGUAACUCCAAAGGACGGCGCCUGGCCAGUUGAACAUCAACGUCUCUACGUUCCUGCCGAAUGCGGAUCCUACUCGAUCUUUGCCCUGGUCGACCCCAAGGAACAGCCAACUCUACAAAAGUUUUGUCACUUUUUGGGCCAAAAGGCUCAGCAAAUGGGUAUGAACUUUCCCCAAUGGCCAGAGUUUGUUCGCUACGGUCGCAACGCCAACGACAUUGAGGCCAUGUUCCGCCAGACGGCGCGUGAAUGCAGGGAAAUGGGUCGCCAAUGUGAUUUGAUCAUCAUUGUGUUGCCGAGCAAGAACUCGGACUACUAUAGUAGGUUUUGAAUUUUUUGAAAAUUUUUUUUUAGUUUUCAAGAAAUUUUUCGACUGGUCGAUCUUUCGUUUUUGAAAAAAAAGCGUUUUUUAACUUUGAAACUGUAACAUGUCGUUUUAGUGACCAUCAAAGAGCUGUCCGACAUGCGCUACGGUGUCAUGUCCCAAUGCAUCUUGUUCAAGUCCACCCAACGCCCAUCUCCGGCUACUUGUGCCAAUUUGGUACUCAAAAUCAACAUGAAGCUGGGCGGAGUCAACUCUCGUUUGGUAGCGGAUCAAAUUACUUCGAAGUACCUGGUCGAUCGACCAGUCUUGAUCCUCGGAAUCGACGUUACUCAUCCAACUCAAGCCGAAGAACGAAUCGGAAUGCCAUCGGUUGCUGCUGUUGUUGGCAACUUGGACAUGAUGCCUCAGAGCUAUGGUGCCAAUGUUAAGGUGGGGAGGGUUUGAGUUUUUGAAAUUACAAUUUUUUUUUGUUUUUGAAUAUUUAAAAAAAAUCGCAAAAUUUGAUGUUUUGCUUCACUAUGAACUUUAUUUUUAUUUUUUAGGUAACAAAUGCUUUUUUUUAAAUGUUUUUUUUUUAAUUUUAAAUAAUACCCGUUUUAGGUCCAACGCCGUUGCCGUGAAUCCGUGGUCUACGUCACUGAAGCCGUCCGCGAGCGUCUCCUAGCCUUUAUGGCCUCAACCCACCGCCACCCCGAACGUAUCAUCGUCUACCGUGACGGCGUGUCAGACGGCCAGUUUGCCGAAGUCUUGCGCGAAGAAUUGAAUGGAAUCCGUGCUGCUUGCGGCAUGGUAUCCCAAGACUACAAUCCACCCAUUACCUACAUUGUCGUCCAGAAACGCCACCACGCCCGCAUCUUCUGCCAGAACGCACGCGACAUGGUCGGCCGUGCCAAGAACGUUCCACCCGGCACCACCGUCGAUACUGGCAUCGUCUCGGCCGAUGGCUUUGACUUUUACCUGUGCUCACACUUUGGAAUCCAAGGCACUUCACGUCCCGCACGUUACCACGUUCUCUGGGAUGACAAUGGCUUCAACGCUGACGACCUCCAAGCCAUGACCUACCACUUGUGCUACACUUACGGCCGUUGUGCUCGCUCCGUCUCGAUUCCAGCCCCGGUAUAUUAUGCGGAUUUGGUCGCUAACCGUGCUCGUUGCCAUUUGAAGAGACACAUGUGAGUUUUGGUUGGGGGUGGAUAUCAGGGACGUCGCUACGGAUUUUCUCUGGGGGAGGGGGAGGUCGAAAAAAAUUUUUUCGUCCACAGGUAGCUCCUGUGGACCGAUUUUUCAAAAUUUUUAUUUUUCGUUUUUUCACGUACAGGUACCUGUGGAAUUUUUUUCGGAAUGGCUCUGGGGGAGGGGGUACCCCCCCUCCCCCAAACGACGUCCCUGUUGGAUAUAUUUGAAAUUUUUUUGAAAAAUUUUUUGAAAUGUUUUGAAUUUUUUUUUCAUUUUGAAUUUGUCUUAUUUUAAAAUUUUUUUAAAAAAGUAAAUUUUAGUGCCGACCUCCGCGUCGACGGCAACGGCCCAUCUGGAGCCAACAGGAUGAACCAGCAAGGCCGCCAGUCCGAGCCCAACAAUGAUCAAGUCAUGCAGAACUUUGUGGCCGUGACCGAAAACUUCAAGCAGCGCAUGUACUUUGUCUGA